CGUCCCUAAAUCCCCACACCAACCCCGUCAUCAUCGGAGAGAAUUAAAGCGCCGUCCCCGGCAAGCAACUCCGGCGAUCCCCCAGCAGCCACCUCCUCCCCCCUCCCCGCCGCCCCCGGAGAUCCAGGUAACCUCGCUCGCCCAAUCGUUCGUACCCGCCGGGAUUCGCUCCUGCCUGCAGAGCCCCGCCGUAGACAUGGAGAGGGGGCGGGGCGGGAGGGACGGGCCCUUCGGCGGGGGCGACCCGUUCGCCGGAUUCGGCCGGCUGGGCGCCCCGAUGCCCGGCCUGUUCGGCGGGGGCAGGGACCCCUUCGACGACCCCUUCUUCACGCAGCCGUUCGGGGCCAGCUUCGGCCGCCGCCCCGGGAUGUUCGGCCCGAUGGGCGGCCCUAGCCUCUUCGGCCCGGGCAUGUUCGGCGGGUUCGGGUUCGGGCCCGGGGACGGGUUCCUCGUGCAAGCUCCGGCGAGGAGCGGCGACGGUGGGGGGCCCGUCAUCACGGAGAUCGACGACGAUGAAGACGGGGGCGACGGAGAGGCGACCCGCGGGGCAUAUGUUCAGGAGCCGGAUGAUGGGAAUGAUGAUGGGAUGCGACAAGGGGGUCAGGUCCAGCUGCGGCGAGAUCCCAACAUGGCGAACGGCGGCGGCCAGCCGCAGUCGCGCUCCUUCACGUACCAGAGCUCCACGGUGACUUAUGGCGGUAUUAAUGGAGCCUACUAUACGGCCUCCAAGACCUGGAGGAGCGGCAGCGAUGGGAUUACUGUCGAAGAAAGCAAGGAAGCAGACACUACGACUAAAGAGGCCACUCAUAGGAUCUCCAGAGGAAUUCAUGAUAAGGGACACUCGGUAACGAGGAAGCUGAAAUCAGAUGGGAAGGUGGACAGUACACAGAUACUGCACAAUCUCAAUGAAGAUGAGUUACCUGGAUUUGAAGAAUCAUGGAAGGGCAAUGCUGGACAACACUUACCAGGCUGGAACCAGAAUGCCGGUAUAUCUAAUGGCGAUAACUCUGGCAACCAUGGUUCCAACGGUGGCAGGCAGCCUACACAGAACUGGGCGCUCCCCAGAACGCGGCAACAGCAACAUCGUGAUCCAAGGAGGCACGGCAACGGGCAGCCAAAAUCAUCGCGAAUCAUCCCAAUCUCUUGAAGAGAGAUCCGAGGAGGCGUGGCCUGUGGGCGAAAAUCAAUCACGAUUCGUCCCCAAUCUCCUGAAGAAAGAAAACCUUCUGUAUCCACAGGGCUGAUGAAUAAAGCACUGCUGGUUUGUGCAAGCAGCUUGGCUCUUGUCUGGCGGAUUUUCCUCUAGCUAGAUACGAGUAGAAAGUUAAACUGAAAGUGAUGGAGGCCUGGAGGUCCGGGCGUGAUCUGCUAUGCGCUAUCAGGGCACGGGAAUACAAUUGUCUGAUGGGGAUUGUUCGUGCCCUGGAACAGAAAUACAAUUGUCUGAUGGAGUCCAUUUGUGUUACUGUCUGUAAUGAUACGCUAUCAACUCUACUAUCUGUAAUGUCCCUUGGUGCCAGGUUACACGAAUAACACUAGAAGAAUACAAGCUAUGUGCCUGCAGUUGCAACGGUUCUGUAGUAGUAUUCAGCAUUCUGAUGAAGAUUACUCCUGUGGAUGGUUGCUUGAUAAAACUGGUAUUUGUUGGGGUAAGCCCGUGCGCUGGGGCUAUGAUACUGUAGUGUUAUUA